GGUAGUUAGUUUCUAUAUUUGUAGCAAAAAAGAUUGUGAUAUUUUAAAUACUGAAUAAAAUAUUUUAUAUUUUAAUGCUUGUGCUACUGUAAUUAUAUUGAAUAAAAAGUAAUGGUGAUGGUUUACUUUCAUUUGAACAUGCAUCAGGUUACAAUUGAGUGCAUCCCAUAAUCAGUUCCGAGUUCCAAAAGCAAUAGCCUCCAAUGUAUUUAUUACAAAUUUUAAAAUAGGUUUGAAACGGACAGGCGAGAAGGACAAAAACUAGGGCUGUCAAUCGAUUAAAAUGUUAGAUUGUGAUUAAUAACAUUUUGUCUACCGUUAACUCAGAAUUAAUCAUAUUUAAUCCCAGAUAGAAAUAAGUUAUUAUCUAUAAUAACUUAUUUCUAUCGCUGUCACUACACCCGGAAGUGCUGUCACUACAACCAGCUAACUGGCUAACGUGGAUCUCCUGAAAUCUUCAUUCUACCUGCUGCUCUGAGUUUCCGCGAAUGUCAGAAGUGUAUUCUCUACAGUUGGGCCCUUUUCUGGGCCCUUGUCUGUAAGUCUCGCUCUUUCAUAUUCUGCACUGUUGCUACUUCACAGUUGUGAACACGACGCCGUUUCUACACAGAGGGCUCCAUUGGAGCCCCUGCGUGUAAGUCUCUGUCUCCGCUAACCACCACUCUUCUACUCCACUGCUGCCUGCCAUAAGCAGAAUCGUGCACGUUCAGCCUUGCUCUGGCCGUCUGCCUACUGUUUUUCAGCAACCUUACCCCCCAUGGCCCCACUUACCUCCACUUCCGGCUGCCCUGACUGCUCGAUCCUCCUGGGAAAAAUCCACGAGUUGGAGGAGCGCAUUACUACCAUGCACAGGGUCCGCGAGGCUGAACUCCUAAUGGACACCAUCACUUUCCGUCUCCCAUCUCCACGGUCCGAAUCUACCACACAUCAAGCCUCUCUCGCUGCCUCAACGGAUAGUCCACCUCUCCCGCUGCAUGAUGUCCUCCACGAUCGGCCGGAUGUUUCCCUCGCUGUCCCCCCGGCAGCUCCCAACGCCGCAGCCGUCUUGCCGGGGGAUAAACCCAAGUCCUUGGCGACCUCCACCCCAGCUAAACUGUCACCCAGGCCAAAAAGCUCUGGUCGCGUCUCUGUUGUGAACUUCACCCCUGCACCACGGCGCCAUCUUGCCUCUUUAACUUCUACCAUUCCAGCUGCGGAGUCGCCCCCACCCCAUGUGACCUCGCCACCCCAUGUGACACCGCCGCUGCCACCUGUCCAGGCUUCUUCGGCACCGCCCCGUCCCCUCUUCCCUCCAACCACCAUCAUCAUUGGGGACUCCAUCACGAGGAACAUUCGCUUCUUCAACGCCAUAACAUACUGUUUCCCCGGAGCCACUGUCCCCCUCAUCCACUCAAAGCUUGUUGACAUUGUUGAGCGAUCUCUCCCCCCAUCUGUCCGUAGAAUAAUUGUACACGUUGGCUGCGUUGAUGCCUUCCGCCGUCAGUCUGAAAUUACCAAAGUGCAGUUCAAUAAUAUUUUUCAGUUCCUUCGCAAAACUGGCAAGACUAUCUUCAUUAGUGGCCCUCUCUCACCUCACAACCGCGGGUAUGGUAUAUUCAGUCGUAUUCUCUCCCUCCACACAUGGCUCCAGUCUGCUACAAACUCCCUCUCUCUUAACUAUAUUGACAACUUCGAUCUUUUUUGGGGCCGGAAAUCCUUUUUUAAUCCUGACGGCCUCCAUCCUAGCAAGCUUGGCAGUCGGAUUUUAACAGUACACUUACAACACGCUGUUCACAGUGCGUGACUAUUUACAUUUAGUCAGACACGCCCCCCUUUUUCUUUUUCUUCUUCCAUAUCCGGCUACAAUUUUACCCACAGCUCCUCCUGCAGGCCACAGCGUUCACUGCACCCUGCUACUGCUGGCUCUACUUUUCAGCCUGUUCUUUCACCUACAAACAAGAUCCCAUCCCACUGGUCAUACCGCCCGACUGGACUCCGCUAUUACAACAAUAAAUUUGAUAAAUCUCCGCCCACUCUCCCGCAGCCAAGAUCAAAUGAUGAACUCUUAUAAUCUCAAAUUAUCCCUCCUACACUCUAAAAAAUGAUUCAUGGGAUUAGUUAGUUGAGCUUAAAAUCAAGAGCUUUUUCAACAUAAAAGAAUAAGGUUGUUACAUGGACUUAUUAUAACAAGUUGGUAACUUAUUUUAAGAAGUUGGUCCAGCUGAAAAUAUGGGGUUAGUUAGUUGAGCUUAAAAUCAAGAGCUUUUUCAACAUAAAAUGAUAAACUUGUGUCACUGACUUAUUAAAACAAGUUGUUAACUUAUUUUAAGAAGUUGGUCCAGCUGAAAAUAGAAAACCAUGUUAACUUAAAUAUGUAUGUAUAUUUUGAACAAAACUUUCAAAUUCAAAUACAAAAACUUUAUCUGUCCCCAGGGGUAAUUCAAAGGCCACAUUAAACAUGCCGUUUCAAAACAAGAGCACCGCUCAUGUUCAUAGUAAUGGGAGCUUUUAUUUUGAAAAAAACAGGGAAGACGUUCUAUUGUACGAUGUCUCCGAGAUGUCAGGACCGAACGUUUCUCCGAAUUUUCUGGAUGAAGUGAACACAUAUUGGUAAGCUACAGGGUCACAUUCUCACUUAAAAGGUUGUUAAAACUUGAUGAAAUGACAUAUUACCACAGCUAGAGCCAAAUGUUCAACAGCUUUCAGAAGCUGCUCUGCUCCUGCUUCUGGUUUUAUCCUGCAAUCACGUACAGAGAGGAGCCAGACUGCGACUGCUAUUAAUGCCUGUUGGAAAAUCAAAAAAAUCAGAAGAAAAAAACAAGAGUUUCUAUGGAGUAAUACGAGGUAAGUAACUGUUUUUGCUUUAUUUUGUUCAUAACGGCUACUAACUGUAUCAGCAAAUGUUGCACUAAUUCGUGUUAACACAGACAUAAUUGAAGUUAAGCUAAUUUAGCCAUUUUGUGUUCAUACAGCCGACUUCCGCGCACAUUUCGAAAUGUCCUUUUGCCCGCGCUCUCUCGCCCAGCGCCGCCCCUCGACCGUUUAUCGUCAGACAAAGACGUCUUCUGCUGCAGGUUUGUAUGUUUGGUUUACUGUGGCAGCCGAACGAUUUUAAUUAGCGGUAAACGUUAGUUAUAUCACUGCAAAGGUAAGAGAAAUUAGUGUAUUGUUUUGUUCAAAUUUAAAGUUUGGACUACAUUGAUGAAGUUUGGCCAGCUAGUAGUUUCUGUGGUAAUCUUUGUAGUUUUACUUUUAUUACAUUAUUCUUCAGUGGGAAAUGUUAAAGUGAACAAAGCUUUGUUCCUAUCCUUGUCUUUGCCACAGAAAUAAAAGUCUUCAACAUUUAAUCAUAGUAUAAGCAGGCAUAUAGGAUUUUUUGCAUUGGGUUUUGUAGAAGUAUACUUAUGGACACAAAUCUAAGACUUGGUGUGAAGUUUGAUGAUGAGGAAAUGUCAGUGUGAUGUAAAAUUUCUUGGAGACUGAAUCAACCAGUACUUCUCAGCAUACUAGUUUAUAUGAUAAAUGUGAUGAAAAUUCAAAGUCCAAAGCUUUUAUUUAUCUAGAGUAAUUUUUAGUGGUCAUAUUCUUCUCCCAUACUGAAUGAUUAUAUGAUGUGUCUGCAUGUAUUCUAUAACCCAAACUGAUGUAAUGUUUUCUCUAAUAGAUACCCUGAUGUCUCCUCAAGCCAAACUUCGGAUCAUUCUUCAGGACCAUGAAAUUCGCAAACUGGACUUACCGGAUGGAAUCCCUGAUACUGUGGAUGAACUUGAGUCUAUUGUGAGGGAGAAAUUUGGGCUUGAUGGGAACUUUACCUUGCAUUAUAAGGAUGCUGACUUUGGAGAGGAAUAUUUUUCUCUUACCUCAACAAGUGACAUCAAGGACAAGGAUACCAUUAAGGUGGUUAACAUUGUUGAACCUCCUACAGUUACUCUGACCUUUACUGAUGGGGACAGUUCCUUUGAAAGUGCAUCAGUAGCCUCGCUCCCUAAUUCUGAGACCUCUGUCCAUCCUGCUAGCAGCAGCUGUUCCUCUGGAUCGCAGGACACACUGAUUCUUUCAUCACCUGAACAGGUUACUCACCGUACACAGUGUUGGCCCACUACAUUUCCUGUACCUAAUUUUGCUUACGACACAGAGCUUGUGCUGGCCUCAGGAAAUGAAGUUUUCAAGAAGGAUGGAAUUCAGCUCAACUUUGCCACAAUCCUUCCAGACAUCCUUGAGAAGCUGGCUGAAAGCAUCUUUCUGUAUGUUGCCUACCCCACUAGUGCACAGUUUAACAAUGUUGCUGAGGCACUGAUUCAGAAGCAUCCUUGCCUUAAAGAACCAGGGUCAUAUAAUGGAUGCUACGCAUGGCAACAAAGACUAAAAUACAGUAUAAAAUGGCCAGCUAUAGAUCUAAAUUGAGAGGGCUAGGAUGCCCUGAGCUUGAUGUGAACUCUCUCAGAAAGAAGCGAGCGCAUGAGAAAGCCCCUGCAAAGAAUAUCAAAAAGCCAAGAAGGGCAGAGGUGAACUAUUUACCUCCUCACCCACAAGGAGAAACAGAAGGAACUUUGGAACAUGUAAGAUUGGAGCUCCUUGAUGAAGUAAAGAAGAGGAACAACUGCCAGGUCAUCAGUGAGAAAAUGGCAAAGACUUUCUCCAUUCGCAGGCAGGAAGUUGUCAAUCAAGCACCACAAAUCUGUGACAUAAGAGACCGAUGGCCGGCUCUUUUCGAUGCAACUCAGAUAAAUGAAGAAUUCAGAAGGAUCACCACUGGUUGCCUUGAGAGAACAUUCAUGGCAAAACUGGACCAGUAUACCCCAAAAAUAAUGGCACUGGUGUCCUCAAGAGGGGGAGCUGCAAAAAUGAAGAUUCAGCACAUAAAGAACAUGCUGCUAGAGGACCAGUCGGUAGAAAGUAGGAGAGAAGCUGCAAUCCGUAGCCUAAUCGUGUACCUGAGAGAACAGGAGGAGGAUCUCUUUAAAGAACAGCUGAAUGGUGAUGAAGUGAUGAAGAUUGUUGUGAGCAGAGGGGCAUCUGAACCAGCCAACGCAACAGUGGUGAUUGAGGGAGCAGAAGUCCUGGAUGGCCUGACUGUCCCAAGAGCAUGUGCCUUGCUCAUGGGACUAAUGUAUGCACUCAACCUGAGUUACCCAAAAGAACUGAAAAGCACUUUUGAGGUAUUUCAAAAGAUAUUCCUUGAGCUGGAUGCUCUGAGAGCAAGUCCCAAGGUAAUGUCUCUAAAAGCUAAGAGUAAAAGUAUUAAAUCAAUUUUCUACUCGAGUAAAGUACAAAUCCUUAAAAUCUGUACUCAAGUAAAGUACUUAAGUAAAUUUACUCCGUUACUUUCCACCACUGAUUAUAUGUAAUAAACAAGUUUGACCAUUAAACUGACUGAACUGUAUUUAUGUUAAUAAAAUUAAUGUUAUUGAUAAAAAAAAUUGAGAAAACAAUUUGAAAUAUUUGUGAUGAGAAAUGAAAAACA